UCAUUAUAUCAUUGUAACCAGUUGGAAAUUCUGAAUCUAACAGAAUCACGAGCAAUUGCAAGGUAUGUGGCGCGCAAGUACAAGUCCUCUGGUCCUGACCUGCUGAGGGAGGGUGAUUUGCAGGAGUCAGCAGUGGUGGAUCAAUGGAUGGAAGUUGAGGCUCAUCAAUACAACCCAGCCAUGUCUCCUAUUGUUUUCCAGUUGUUUGUUAUCCCCAUGCGUGGAGGGGUCCCUGAUCAGCAAGUCAUCGACAACAGUUUGGUGGAGCUAGAGAAGGUCCUUGACAUAUACGAGGACCGGCUGUCCAAGUCCAAAUACUUGGCAGGAGACUUCUUCAGUCCUGCUGAUCUUAACCAUUUGCCUCUCACUCACUACUUCAUGACCACUCCUUAUAAAUCGCUCUUCAAAUCGUGCCCACAUCUCAAUGGAUGGUGGGAAGACUGGUCGUCAAGACCUGCAGUCAAGAAGGUGACUGAUGCAAUGGAUUAUGCUGUCAUUCCUGGCUGCAAGUCUUAG